AGCAUAACACACACAUCUGUCUUGUGAUGUUGUGACUUUUGAGUGUUUUGUGGUAAUAUUUUUCAAACAAUUCAUUUCAUUUGUAAUUAAAAAUUGUUGAAUACAGCAGGUCAUUCACAGACUCGUAGUGUAAGAGUAUACACUCGUGAAACUAUAGUGCGGCAACAAUGUUAUUCUGCCCGACGUGUGCUAAUGUUCUGAUGGUGGAAGAAGGUCCUGAAUCUGGACUGAGGUACGCCUGUAAUACUUGUCCUUACGUGUACAGCAUCAGAAAGAAAGUAUCCUCGAGAACUUUCCCUAAAUUAAAGGAACUUGACUAUAUCAUGGGCGGAGCUGCUGCCUGGGAGAAUGUAGACUCGACAGAUGCUGUGUGCCCUAAAUGUGGACACGGUAAAGCAUUCUUUAUGCAACUCCAAACUCGUUCGGCCGAUGAACCUAUGACCACAUUCUACCGUUGCUGUAAUCACAAGUGCGCUCAUAACUGGAGGGAUUAACAUCAAACCAGAUAGAAGCAAGUCAAGUGAUAACCUUAAUUGCAGUGUUGGACAAUUCUUUGCCAAUAUAGUGCUUAAUUUUAUAAUUUUAUGUAAUAUGAUUUGUGUCCAAAAACUUAAUUUACUUCGUAGUUUAGCUAGAAAUAAAAGUGCAUCCCCUAAAAUGAAGAUAGACAAGAUGGCGCCAGUCAUACUGAGCUCUGAGGAAUUUGCUUCAGUCAAAGCUGCAGAAUUCUUAGGCAAAGGACAAGUUAUCGCAGUGCCAACUGACACAAUAUAUGGAUUGGCAUGUAGUGCCAACUGUCCGGAAGCUAUAAAAAAGUUGUAUGCAAUCAAAGGCAGAGAUUCUGCCAAGCCUGUGGCUAUUUGUGUGACAUAUGUGAAUGAUGUAAGAAAAUGGGGUGAAGCUGAUCACUUACCUGAUGAGCUACUACACAGCUUGCUCCCAGGACCAGUAACAGUGGUUUUAGAAAAGACAAAAUAUCUUGACAAUCCAUUUUUGAACCCUACUACAACUAAAAUUGGUAUUAGAAUUCCAAAUCACAAUUUCAUGAACAGAGUUACAAAGAGUUUUGAUAAGCCUGUUGCCUUGACGAGUGCAAACUUCAGUAAUGAGCAGUCUACUUUGUCUAUUAGAGAAUUUGAGCACCUAUUUGGUCAUUUGGGAGCUGUUUUUGAUGGAGGUGUGUUAAGUCAAGGACUGGAACAGAAUAGAACUGGAUCUACUGUAAUAGACUUGUCCCAAACUGGUGUCUAUAAUGUGAUUAGAAGGGGUAUUUCUUAUGACCGAGUAGUCAAGAUUGUAGAAAGUUUUGGUCUAAAAUGUAUGUCAUAAGCUAUUUAUGGAUCCUGUGAUAAUGUAAUUGUUGGAAUAAAUGUUUUUUUUUCCAUA